ACGGUUGUUGUUAUAGUGUUGUUUGCCGUCUGCUCCGUGGUAGUACUGCUCAGGAUAAUAAUUGGAAUAUUGUUAACUGUUGGUUACUGCAUUGUUGGAAAUGGUUUUGGGAGAUUCGAGUGACGCUGAAUCAGCUGACAGAGGAUCUGGCACUGGCUCAGACUCUGACAGCGAAGGAGGUUCUAGUGGUUCAAGUCACAGCAGCAGUCGUAGUGGUAGUCCUGUUUCGCAAAGUGGACCUGCAUUAACUCCCAGCAGAGCAUCAGGAGAUGAAGCUCAUUCAGGCAGUGAACAUGGGUCACCUGCUAAAAGCACUUCAGCCACGCCAGCUCGCUCAGACGAAGGGGGCUACUCGACAGGAUCGCCGAGCUCUGAUGGCGAAGGUUCUCCCAGAUCUGGCUCUGCAAGCCCACUUUCUGGUGCAGGAUCUGCAAGUCCUCAGUCAGUACACUCGAACGCCAGCAGUCAUCAUUCGGCGCAGUCCACCGGCAGCCAGAGAUCCGCACGAUCUGCGAUGAGCCGGAGAUCAAACGUGAGCCACUACUCCAAACGAUCAGUCAGAAGCCAGCAGUCUUCCCGGUCGCAUGCACAGAGCCAAAACUCGGAUGGCUCUGCAAGUCCGUCGUCUAGACCGGGCAGUGCAGCGUCGCAAAGUCCGCCUGGCUCACCAACUUCAGACCCUGAAAGUGAACAUUCUGAAGCCAGUGCUCAUUCUCGCCACUCAAAUACUAGUCAGACCUCGAAAGUUAGUGUAAGGUCGAAGGCAAGCGGCAGUGCACCUUACUCCAAUGCUAGUGUUCAUUCUCCCACAUCAGAUGCUAGCGCUCAUUCUCCUAGAUCUAAUGCGAGUGCACGCACGGGACGUUCAAUUGCAAGCGCACAUUCUCCAAGAUCAAAUGCAAGUGCUCAUUCGCCUGAAUCUGAUACAAGUGCUCAUUCCCGAAGGUCUGAUGCAAGCCCCCAUUCUCCAAAAUCUGAUGCAAGUGUUCACUCACCGCGAUCCAAUGCAAGUGUUCGUUCCCGCAAGUCCAAAGCAAGUGCUCACUCACCCAAGUCGGAUGGAAGUGGCCGCUCUCAGAGUCCACAUUCUGUUAGGUCGGAUGUGAGUGCCCAUUCACCAGCAUCACAUCCGAGCGCCCAUUCUCCAGCAUCACAUCCGAGUGCCCAUUCCCCUGUGCAUUCCCCGCAGUCGAAUGUAAGUGCACAUUCGCCGAAGUCAAAUGUUAGUGCACAUUCACCAAGAUCUAAUGCAAGUCCACUGUCUCCAAGGUCUAAUGCAAGUGCACAUUCUCCAAGAUCUAAUGCAACUGCACAUUCUCCAAGAUCUAAUGCAACUGCACAUUCUCCAAGAUCUAAUGCAACUGCACAUUCUCCAAGAUCUAAUGCAACUGCACAUUCUCCAAGGUCUAAUGUAAAUGCACAUUCACCUAGAUCUAAUGCAAGUGCACAUUCCCCAAGGUCUAAUGUAAGUCCACAUUCUCCAAAAUCCAAUUUAAGUGCACCUUCCCCAAAGUCCAAUUUAAGUGCACAUUCCCCAAGGUCUAUUGCAAGUGCUCAUUCCCCAAGGUCUAUUGCAAGUGCUCAUUCCCCAAGGUCUAAUACUAGUGCACACACUCCAAGAUCCAAAGCUGGCAGGCACUCGCCAGCUUCAGAUGCGAGUGGUCAUUCUCCGAAAUCCCAUCAUUCGCCAGCUGCUUCUGUGGGCAGCAAGCGUUCUGCAUCGAAGUCCCGCUCGCCAAGCGUGGAGAAACAGGCCGCUGCAGAAUCUGAGCUUGAAGAGAGGGGCUCUGUUAAGAGGAAGGCACCAGACUCAGGUGCCAGUGAUGAUGAAGCGGGCAAGAAAUCUGGGUCUGAUGCCGAGGAUAGCGAUGGUGGCAGGGCCGGUAAGAGCACGCUGAGCGACGGCAGUGGUUCGGACGUCGACGUACGCAAGAAGCCCAAGAAGAAGGCUCGCAUUGGCUCCGGGAGCGAAGACGAAGGCGGAGUGCACGCGAGCGGCCAGGAGAGCGAGGACGAGGCAGGAAAACCCACAGCCACCGCCGAGGCGCUGUUCGGAGACGCUGACGACAUCAGCUCGGACGAGGAGGCCCAGGCCGUCGCUGCCAAGGACCGCUCCCCGGAGAGGUCGGAGGACGAGCGGGAUGGAGACCGGGACCGGGACCGGGACAGUGAUGCCGAGCGAGACCGGGAACGAGACGACGAAGGAGACGAGCCGAGGGCAGUUGUCGAAGAGGAAGCAGAAAAAGAAGAACCUUUGCCUGAGACGAGAAUUGAUGUCGAGAUUCCAAAGAUCAGUGCAGACUUGGGGCGAGAUAUUCACUUUGUGAAGUUGCCAAACUUCUUGUCUGUGGAGACCCGACCCUUCGAUGGAGACACCUACGAGGAUGAGAUAGACGAGGAGGAAACCUUGGACGAGGAGGGAAGGGCGAGGCUGAAGCUGAAAGUCGAGAACACCAUCCGAUGGCGCGACGUGCUGGAGAAGGACGGCACAGUCUCCAAGGAGAGCAAUGCAAGGUUCAUCCGGUGGUCGGACGGAAGCAUGUCCCUUCACCUGGGCUCGGAAAUAUUUGAUGUGUACAAACAGCCGUUGCAGGGAGACCACAACCACCUGUUCAUCAGGCAGGGGACAGGUCUGCAGGGGCAGGCGGUGUUCCGCACCAAGCUCACGUUCCGGCCGCACUCCACCGAGUCCUUCACCCACCGCAAGAUGACCCUCUCCCUGGCCGACCGGUCGCAGAAGACGUCCGGCAUCAAGGUUCUGUCGCAGGUCGGCUGGGACCCGGAGCAGAACCGCGGCGAGAUGAUCAAGAAAGAGGAAGAGCGCCUCCGAGCGUCGAUGAGGCGGGAGAGCAAGCAGAAGCGCGUGCGCGAGCGGGGAGCGAACCGGGGCCUGAGCUCCGGCUACCUGGAGCCCGACCACCGCGACGAGGAGGGCUCGGAGGACGAGGGGGCCAUCUCGCUGGCCGCCAUCAAGAGCAAGUACAAGAAGGGCGGUGCGUCCAAGACUGAAAACAGACCUCCAAUUUAUUCAUCAGAUGAGGAAGGUUCUGACUUUGAAGCUAGGCGAGCCAAAAAACAGGACAAAUCCAAAGCCCUGAAAGACUCUGAUGAUGAAUCCGAAAAAUCUGGCUCGGGUUCGGAGUCUGGUUCGGAAGCUGAAGAUGCUGAAGAAAAUGACGAGGAAGUUGAAAACAAAGAUGGCAGCGGAGAUGAUGAAGGUGAUGAUGAGUGAAAGGAAACUAUUCAAACUAUUUUGUCAUGGUGUAUUUUUUGUGUGUGUAAAUAUUAAGGUGUUUUGUAUUUGGUCUGAAGCAAGACAAUGUACAUUCAAGUAAAAGUGUUGCAUUUUGAAAAUAACAUACUGUGUACUGUGGCACAUACUAUGAUGCUUUUCUGUAUACAAUUUAGUUAUAUACAAUUGAGGUGAAAUAUAAGUUAUAUUUAUAUA